AGUGGANAAGAAGAAUAAGGAUAAGUUCAGCUACAAGAUCAACAUCACAGUAGACAAAGUCAAGGAAAAGCAGAAAGUGGAGAUUGAUGAUGAAGAUCUUUAGAAGAUUCUUUAGUAGGAAGUGGUUAGGAUUGAAUGGAUCAAAUAUCAUCCAUUAAAAUCUAGUUUUUUGGCCUUUGAUCUCUUAUCAUAGUUUUGUAAAUUAGAAACCGAAAAUUCCUGUAUGAUGUAUGUGACAGUGUUAAUGUAUGUCCAGUUUUGUAUUUUUUGUAAAAUGAGACUCACCUAGAGAAAGGUGACAAUUAUUUGGUCCUGAAUUAAACCAAAUAUUGGAAAUUUCAUUUUUUACCUUCUUAAUUUAUCUUGAAGUUUCAUAAUUAGGCAUGUUAAGUUUUUGGAAAAUUAUUAUUAUUGUUUUCAGAGAACAUGCCAAUCCCACUGGAAGAUGCAUUGACUCAAGUUCUUGAGACUUCAUUAUCCACUCAAAAUGAUGAAUCAAGUGGAAGUCAGAAAAUCAAUGAAAUGGAACUGUCUAAACAAUGGAACACCCAUACUUCCCCUGAUCAUGAAGAAAGUAGAAAAAUGAUGCUUUAUCAAGCUGAGAAGCGUAAGCUUACUCAUGAGAUUGAGAACAUAAAGAAGAAACUGAAAGAAGCCAUUCUUUGUCCGGUUUGUCUCAAGAUCCCUCGAAGUGAACAGAUUCCUAUUUGUAGGAAUGGUCAUAUAACAUGUGAAAGCUGUUAUAGGGAUACUUGUCCAACCUGUAGAAGCCCAAUGAAUACCAUGACUCAAACUGACAAGAUCCCCAGGAAAAUGUUUUCCCCUUUGUCCUUGAACAUCACGGAGUUGCUUGAUUAUAACUGCAUCUAUGCUGAUGAAGGUUGCAAGGUGACUCUAAAGAAGGGAGAUAUUGAGGUUCAUGAGGAAGGCUGUGACUAUCACAAGAAUAUUCCAUGUCCUGCACCUAAAUGUAAAGGUCUUGUGUCUCGUCACAGCAUUGGUAACCAUGUUCUAACCUGUGAGCAUGUUAAGAUUUCUGAGGAAACUCAACUCUCUUUAGGUAAGCAGAUCUCGAAAAAGUUCACCAAGUGCUUUGAAGAAGAGGUUGCCUACUUUGGUACUCUUGUGUUUAAACUCAAGGAUUCUGAAGAUCUGCUGUAUCUUGUAUCUGUGGAAGAUAAAGCAUCUAGUUCCUCACUAGUAUUCAUGCGUUUACUAUCCAGUGGCAUGAAUAAAGAGUACUCUGUCAAGAUUGAAAUAUCUGACCUGGACGAAACUAUCUCCAAGUCAUUCUUGGGGAAUACUUUAUCCAUGAAGAACGGAUAUGACAGCGGAGUAAAGGAAGGAAAUGUUCUUGAAAUACCUGGGAAGAUGAUGGGUAAGAUGUGGACCAAGAAGAAUAAGGACAAGUUCAGCUACAAGAUCAACAUCACAGUGGACAAGGUCAAGGAGAAGCAGAAAGUGGAGAUUGACGAAGACAAUGAUUUUGAGGAGAUUAUUCUCUAGAAUGUGUAAAGAUUAUAAAUCAUUCAUUAUAUUGUAACUUUUCAUGUUAGGUUUUGCGUAUUUUUUUACCAUACUCGGCAAAUUGAAAGAUUUAUAGAAUUUCUGAACAUUUAAAUGUUAGUAUCAUUAUUGUAAAAGCACCUAGAGAAAAUUAAUUUUCCAAAAUAAUAGAUGUUUUAUAUAUUUUUUAAUUCUUAUAAAGCAAGUUUAAGAAAAUUAAAGAAUAUUUUUAUUUUCAGAGAACAUGUCAAUUCCAGUGAACAAUUCAUUGACUGCGAGCCUUGAGAUAGAAUUGUCUGGCGAAAAUGAUGGUAAUUUAUACAUCGUACACAAAAAAUGCUAUAAAUACUGCACUUAUUUUGCAAUUCACAAUUCCCAACACAUUUUUUUGGUUUGUAUGACAAUUUUUCAGGUAGAUAUAAUUGCCACAGGGAAGUAGCAAGGCAAGAAGAAAGAAUUUAACUUUUUUUUACGUUAAAUCAGAAAAUUGCUAUUAAUAUGUCUAAUACCUAGAAUAAUAUCUUAAUACUUGUGUCAAAGAAAGGAAUUGAGUCUUUGCCACUAACUCUGAAUUUCUUAUCCCUAAAUCUUUAAACCCCAAUGUGGUUUGAUUUUUCAAACUGAAUUCUUAUGUCGAAAUAUCAAAUGUUUAGACCAUCAGAAUGCAAAAAUACAGGGAUUAGAUAAUUUGAGUUUGUGACAAAUACUCAAUUCCUUUACAGCAACAUUUUUCAAAUUAAGUGUUAUUUUAGGAUGCAGUGGUUAAAAGUCAAAUGACACAAGAAAGCAAAUGGGCAGCAUGGCUACUCUUAAUCAAGAAAUGAUUCAGCUACAUCAAGCAGAUAAGCGUAAGCUAACAGAUGAGAUUGAGAAUAUUAAGAAGAAAUUGAAGGAAGCUGUUCUUUGCACUGUUUGUUUUAAGGUUCCCCAAAGUUUGAGAAUUCCUAUUUACAAGAAUGGCCAUGUUUCAUGUGAAGACUGUUUAAGGUAAAAGUUUUCUUUGUAUCCUUAAAUACUGAACUUGGAUUUUUAAUUAUUUUAAUUAUUUUUGAUUUUUUCACAAAAGCUUCCAGAGCAGAGAUAUUUUGAAUUGAAUUGUGUUUUUCGACACUCUAUUUUCAAAAUGGUUGGUUAACAGAAAUGGUAAAUUCAGUAGAUGUGUAGUGUGAACAUAAUAAUCUAUUUUCGACAUAAUUAUCACAUCAAACUUAAAGUUAAUUACGACAAUACCAGCCUUUCUAUUGACACCAAUUCACGUUUGUACAAUGUCUGAUGCCCGGGCUGAAUGCUUCAACUCUGUUUUUUUUACAAAAUAUUUUUUUAACUACUAAUUCUACACUCAUAAAACUUCUCUGUGUACAGGAAAAGAUGUGUGUCUUGUCACAGUUGAAUGAAAACCAUGACCAAAGAUGACUAUGAUAAUGAAGAUGGUGAAAAUAACAGUGAAGAUGAUGAAGAUAUCUGUCCAGAGGACAACAUAAUGUUUUCUCCAUUGGCUUUGAGAAUUACAGAGUUGCUUGAAUUUGAGUGUAACUUCUCAGGGGAAGGCUGCAAAGUUACUGCAAAGAAGAAUGCCAUUCAGAUUCAUGGGAAAGGUUGCAAUUAUCAAAAGAAUAUUCUUUGUCCAGCUCCAAUAUGUAAAACUCUUGUGUCUUGCCAUAGCAUUGGAAGCAAUGUCUUGGCCUGCAAGCAAGUUAAGAUUUCUAUGGAAAGUCUUACAUUGGGUAAACAGAUAUCUAAGGUGUUUACUAAGUGCUUUGAAGAAGAGGUUGCCUACUUUGGUACUCUUGUGUUUAAACUCAAGGAUUCUGAAGAUCUGCUGUAUCUUGUAUCUGUGGAAGAUAAAGCAUCUAGUUCCUCACUAGUAUUUAUGCG